AUGCGAUACUCCCGUACCUUCUCACUGCUAUCUGCAGACAAAAACCCUCUAAACAUAUCACCUUCAAUCUAGUCAACAUGAUAUCAUCAGAGAUAACCGGCAUCAACUAUGUUGCUGCUGAUAACCCCUUACCUCUUCCUCUUGAUUACAGCUUCAUGCCGAAUGAUAUACCUGCACUCCAUUUCAGUAAGUUUAUAACCAACUGGGCGAAUUAUCAAACCACUCUUCCUUUCCCAGAGUUCCCUGCGCCUUUGUCAUGUGUCAGCAAUAAUUCAACCUCAGAUGAGUCAGAUGAACACCAGCUUAGAAUCAUUGGUGAGAGAAAACAGAGGAGGAUGAUAUCUAACAGAGAAUCAGCUAGGAGGUCAAGGAUGCGGAAACAGAGGCAUUUGGAUGAGCUGCGGUCCCAAGUGUUUCACCUUAGAACAGAGAAUCACAAUCUGUUAGAUAAGUUGAAUCAAGUGUCAGACUGUCAUGACAAGGUGCUUCAAGAGAAUGCCUGCCUCAAGGAAGAAGCUUCUGGUCUUCGUCAAAUGGUCAUGGAGCUCCAACUUCGAAGUCCUUUCAGUGAUUUAGGCGAGCUGGAAGAGAUUACAUGCACCACAGAUCAUCUGAAGACUGAACCUUCAAACCAAACCAAUAGCAGUUCUAUAAAUAUGUUUCACUAGGCAUGAUCUCCAUUACUAAUACUCUGAGAGAUUCAGAGAAGGGAAAUGGGGGAGAGUGAGGGUGAGAGUGCUAGAUGUUUUCUCUUUUGCUUUCUGUUUUUACAUGAAUGUCAAUCAGUCUUUAAGUUCACCUAACAGAAUGAACACAGACAGAAUGUGCAAUAAUACCUUAUGACCAUAUUAAUCUGAGUAA